AUGCAGGCGGCGAGGAGGCGGCGCGGUCCUCUGCCUUUUCCACCAAACAGUUCUCCGUCUGCUUCGGAGAGUCACUCGGCACAGGAGAAAAAGUACUUCCACUUGGACCUGUGGCUGGGUCUGACGGUGCAGAACUGGAUCCUGGACUUCGGCAGACCCAUUGUGAUGAUCGUGCUGCCCCUGGAGUGGUUCCCUCUGAACAGGCCCAGUGCGGGGGACUACUUCCACAUGCUCUACAAUGUUCUGACUCCGUUCAUCAUGCUCAAGCUGAUUGAGCGCAGUCCGAAGGCUCUCCCUCGCUCCGCCGUCUACCUCUGCAUCAUCACCUUCGUCAUGGGCGCCAGCAUCCACCUGGUGGGAGACUCCAUCAACCACCGCCUCCUGCUGAGCGGGUACCAGCUGCACCUGUCAGUGAGGGAGAACCCCAUCAUCAGGGACCUCAAACCUACCUCUCUGAUCGACUCCUUCGAGCUGCUGUACUUUUACGACGAGCAGCUGGGACACCUGAUGUGGUACAUCCCGUUCUUCAUCAUUCUGCUGCUGUACUUCUGUGGCUGCUUCAGCAGGAGGCAGCAGAGGCUCCCCCUGUCUGCUUGGCUCCUGCUGGGCCCUAGUGCCCUCUACUACUGGUACCUGGUGACGGAGGGCCAGAUCUGCGAGCUCUUCCUCCUCACUCUGGGCUGUAUGUUUGCUGCGGUGGUCCACCACAGACGCCGCGGUCUGGACCUGGACAGUAAUGGACUCUUCCUGCUGCUGAGCUUCAGUGGGACCCUGCUCCUCAUGGUUCUGUGGGUGGCCUUCCUCUGGGACGACCCCAUCCUCCGCGCCAAGUACCCUGGUCUGCUGUACGUGCCCGAGCCCUGGUCCUACUACAGCCUGCACCUGCGCCACAAUCACUGA